GGGCGUCGCUCUGAGGGGAGAGGCUCUGGGCGGCCGAAGGGCUCCUCCGCCUCAGCCCAGCCUCGCUCAGUGUGACCCAUCCAGAGGCAGGCCGAGGCGCGCUUCCUCCUCCUCCUCGGCGGUUGCCAGGCGAAGCGAGAGGGGCGGGGCUGAAGGGAGGGACCGGCCCAUGGACCAGCCGGGCCUGGAGCUGAGCCUGAAGGAGCCCAAGAAGAAGAAGAAGCCGCUGCUGCUGCUGCUGGGGGAGGCCGGCCGAAAUGCUGGCGUAGCGGCCGAGCCGAGCCGCGGGGGCCUUCGGCGCUGAGGGAGGAGGAGGAGAAGGAGAGGCCGGCCAGGCAGAUGCCGCUGCCCUGAGCCUGAGGCGGCGGCCGGGCAGCAGCUGCGGCGCCUCCUCCCUCCCUCCUCCCUUCCCCUUCCCUCUCCUCCCUCUUUCCCUUCCUUCCCCGGCUUCUCUCCCAGCGCGGCCUUCUUCUUCCCCCCCCUGCCUGGACGGACCGCGCCGCCGCCGCCACCAUGUCGGCCAAGGUGCGGCUGAAGAAGCUGGAGCAGCUGCUGCUGGACGGGCCGCGGCGCCACGAGAGCGUCCUGAGCGUGGAGGCGCUCCUCGACCUCCUGGUCGGCCUCUACACCGAGUUCAGCCGCGACUCGCCGCUCCGACGGGACAGGCUCGUCUCCGACUUCCUCGAGUGGGCGAAACCAUUUACACAGUUGGUGAAGGAAAUGCAACUACACCGGGAUGACUUUGAAAUUAUAAAAGUCAUUGGCAGAGGUGCAUUUGGUGAGGUUGCGGUUGUUAAAAUGAAGUGUACAGAACGCAUUUAUGCAAUGAAAAUCCUGAAUAAAUGGGAAAUGCUUAAAAGGGCAGAGACAGCAUGUUUCCGAGAAGAGAGAGACGUUUUGGUGAAUGGGGACUGUCAGUGGAUUACGACGUUGCACUAUGCCUUCCAGGAUGAAAACUAUUUGUACUUAGUAAUGGACUACUAUGUGGGUGGUGAUUUGUUGACGCUACUCAGCAAAUUUGAAGACAAGCUUCCUGAAGAUAUGGCCAGGUUCUACAUUGGUGAAAUGGUGCUUGCUAUACAUUCCAUUCAUCAGUUACAUUACGUGCACAGAGAUAUAAAGCCUGAUAAUGUUUUGCUGGAUGUGAACGGCCAUAUCCGCCUGGCAGACUUCGGAUCAUGUCUGAAGAUGAGCGAGGAUGGCACUGUACAGUCUUCAGUAGCAGUGGGCACACCUGACUAUAUUUCUCCCGAGAUACUGCAAGCAAUGGAGGAUGGCAUGGGAAAAUAUGGCCCUGAAUGCGACUGGUGGUCUCUGGGUGUCUGCAUGUAUGAAAUGUUGUAUGGGGAAACACCUUUUUAUGCAGAGUCGCUGGUGGAAACAUAUGGGAAAAUUAUGAAUCAUGAAGAAAGGUUUCAGUUUCCAUCCCAUGUUUCAGAUGUAUCCGAAGAAGCAAAGGACCUAAUUCAGCGGCUUAUAUGCAGCAGAGAACGUCGGCUGGGUCAAAACGGAAUAGAGGAUUUCAAGUCGCAUGCGUUUUUUGAAGGACUCAACUGGGAUAAUAUCCGAAACUUAGAAGCACCUUACAUUCCAGAAGUUAGCAGUCCUUCAGACACAUCGAACUUCGAUGUAGAUGAUGAUGUAUUAAGAAACCCCGAAAUGAUACCACCUGGUUCUCACACUGGCUUUUCUGGAUUGCAUCUACCUUUUGUUGGGUUUACUUACACCACUGAAAGCUGUUUUUCGGAUAGAGGCUCCCUAAGGGGGGUGAUGCAGUCCAGCAGUAUAACCAAAGAUGAGGAUGUGCAGCGCGACUUGGAGAACAGCUUGCAAAUAGAGGCCUACGAAAGGAGAAUACGAAGGCUGGAGCAGGAGAAGCUGGAGCUGAGCAGGAAGUUGCAAGAAUCCACCCAAGCUGUUCAGUCCCUUCACGGUUCUGCUCGCCUAACAACCAACACAAGCCGGGAUAAAGAAAUAAAGAAAUUAAAUGAGGAAAUAGAGCGUUUGAAAAACAAAAUAGCAGAUUCAAAUAGGCUAGAACGGCAACUGGAAGACGCAGUGACGCUACGGCAAGAGCACGAAGACUCCACCCACAAGUUAAAAGGGCUUGAGAAGCAAUGCAGAAUAUUGAGGCAAGAAAAGGAGGAUCUUCACAAGCAACUCGUUGAAGCCUCUGAACGGUUAAAGGGCCAGUCCAAAGAACUGAAAGAUGCCCAUCAACAAAGGAAGCUGGCCAUGCACGAGUUUUCGGAGCUGAACGAGAGGAUGGCGGACCUGCGCUCCCAGAAGCAGAAGCUCUCUCGCCAGCUCCGUGACAAAGAGGAAGAAGUGGAAGUGGUCAUGCAGAAAAUGGAUUCUGUGAGACAUGAUAUUCGUAAAUCUGAGAAAGCAAGGAAAGAGCUGGAGGCCCAGCUUGACGACGCACUGGCAGAAGCGUCAAAGGAGCGUAAGCUUCGGGAGCACAGUGAGAUUUUCUCCAAGCAGGUGGAAAGUGAACUGGAAACACUAAAGCUAAAGCAGGGGGGCCGUGCUGCGGGGGCCAUGCAGGAGCAUCAGCAGGAGCUGGCCAAAAUGAAGUCCGAGCUCGAGAAGAAGAUCUUGUUUUACGAAGAGGAGCUGGUCAGGCGAGAAGCGUCCCACAUCUUGGAAGUGAAGAACGUGAAGAAGGAAAUGCACGACCUAGAGAGCCACCAGCUAGCGCUGCAGAAAGAGAUCCUGAUGUUAAAAGACAAGCUGGAUAAGGCCAAGAGGGAAAAGCACAGCGAGAUGGAAGAAGCGGUGGGAACUCUGAAGGAGAAAUACGAGCGGGAGAGAUCCAUGCUCCUCGAAGAUAACAAGAAAAUAACAACUGAAAAUGAAAAGCUUUGUUCCUUUGUGGAUAAACUUACAGCGCAAAACAGGCAGCUAGAGGAUGAGCUUCAGGAUUUGGCGGCCAAGAAGGAAUCGGUAGCCCAUUGGGAAGCUCAGAUUGCAGAAAUUAUUCAGUGGGUGAGCGAUGAAAAAGACGCACGAGGAUAUCUUCAGGCUCUGGCAUCUAAGAUGACAGAAGAACUCGAAUCAUUGAGGAGCUCCAGUCUGGGAUCGAGGACACUGGAUCCACUCUGGAAAGUAAGGCGCAGUCAGAAGCUGGAUAUGUCAGCAAGGUUGGAAUUGCAGUCGGCUCUUGAUGCAGAAAUACGUGCCAAACAACUGGUCCAGGAAGAAUUAAGGAAGGUUAAGGAUGCCAACCUGUCCUUUGAGAGCAAACUAAAGGAAUCAGAAGUAAAAAAUCGGGAACUCCUGGAGGAAGUUGAAGCUUUAAAGAAGAAGUUGGAGGAAAAAUACAGGACUGAUGCAGGUCUCAAACUUCCAGACUUCCAAGAUUCCAUUUUUGAGUACUUCAAUACCUCGCCUCUUGCUCAUGAUCUGACUUUCAGAGACUCUGUUUCCUCCUCGUCUACAUCUUCUCUGCUAGCCUUUUGGGAAGAAACGAAUUCUCUGAGUGAGCCGGAAAUGCAAGGACCCAAGGCGGAGGUUUCUUCUUCAACCUCUCUUGUGACUGCUGAGCAGCAGCAAGAAGAACCAAUUCGGCUUCAGAGGAUGCCUGCUGCUCCCUCCCCCACCAUUCAGUCCAUUUCUCUAGCUGUACCAAAGCCCAAAGCACAUCAGCUCAGCAUCAGGUCCUUCUCAAGCCCUACCCAGUGCAGCCAUUGCACCUCCCUCAUGGUGGGAUUGAUCCGACAGGGCUACGCUUGCGAUGUGUGCUCAUUCGCCUGCCAUGUUUCCUGUAAGGACAGCGCACCCCAGGUCUGCCCUAUCCCUCCGGAGCAAGCCAAGAGACCCCUUGGAGUGGACGUUCAGAGAGGAAUAGGGACGGCUUACAAAGGCUAUGUCAAAGUUCCCAAGCCAACAGGUGUUAAGAAAGGAUGGCAGCGAGCCUACGCGGUGGUCUGUGACUGCAAACUCUUCCUUUAUGAUGUGCCUGAAGGAAAGUCCACCCAGCCUGGAGUUGUUGCAAGUCAGGUGUUGGAUCUCAGAGAUGAAGAUUUCUGUGUGAGCUCUGUCCUAGCAUCAGAUGUCAUACAUGCAACCCGCAAAGAUAUCCCUUGCAUAUUCAGGGUGACAGCUUCUCUCUUAGGCUCGCCUUCAAAGACCUGCUCUUUGCUGAUCCUAACAGAAAAUGAGAACGAGAAGCGAAAGUGGGUUGGAAUCCUGGAGGGGCUGCAGUCUAUCCUGCACAAAAACAAGCUGAGAAACCAAGUUGUACAUAUUCCACAAGAAGCCUACGACAGCACGCUGCCUCUCAUUAAAGCCAGCCUGGCUGCCGCUAUUAUAGAUCGAGAUAGAAUAGCAAUCGGUUCCGAAGAAGGCCUUUAUGUCAUAGAGGUGACCCGGGAUGUGAUCGUCCGAGCAGCCGACUGCAAGAAAGUUUACCAGAUCGAGCUUGCUCCAAAAGAGAAAAUAAUUAUCCUCAUCUGCGGCCGGAACCAUCACGUCCACUUGUACCCCUGGUCCUCCCUGGAUGGGUCCGAAGGCAGCUUUGACGUUAAGCUCCCGGAGACGAAAGGCUGCCAGUUCAUUACAACGGGGACACUGAAGAAGAGCUCGUCCACGAGUUUGUUUGUGGCAGCCAAGCGGCAGGUUCUCUGCUACGAAAUUCACAGGACUAAACCUUUCCACAAAAAGUUUGGCGAGAUCCAGGCUCCCGGCAACGUUCAGUGGAUGGCACUGUUCAAGGACAGGCUCUGUGUGGGCUACCAGUCUGGUUUCUCUCUGCUGAGCAUCCAGGGGGAAGGACAAUCUGUAAACCUGGUAAAUCCCAAUGAGCCUUCACUCGCAUUCCUCUCGCAACAGUCCUUUGAUGCCCUUUGUGCUGUGGAGCUCAACAACGAGGAGUACCUGCUUUGCUUCAGCCAUUUGGGAGUGUACGUCGACGUGCAGGGUCGAAGGUCGCGCAUGCAGGAGCUCAUGUGGCCUGCAACUCCUACUGCCUGUAGUUGCAAUUCAUUCUAUUUAACGGUCUACAGCGAAUACGGCGUAGAUGUCUUUGAUGUCAACACUAUGGAAUGGGUUCAGACUAUUGGCUUAAGGAGGAUCAGACCAUUAAAUGUGACAGGCACGCUGAACCUCCUGAGCUGCGAGCCCGCUCGGCUAAUCUACUUCAAAAAUAAGUUUUCAGCAGGAGCGGCCCUGAGCGUGCCAGAAACAUCCGAUAACAGCAAAAAGCAAAUGCUUCGCACGCGAAGCAAAAGAAGGUUCGUCUUUAAAGUUCCCGAGGAAGAGAGACUGCAACAAAGACGAGAGAUGCUCCGAGACCCUGAACUCAGAUCCAGAAUGAUUUCGAACCCAACCAAUUUCAACCACGUGGCCCAUAUGGGACCAGGAGACGGGAUGCAAGUGCUUAUGGACCUCCCACUGAGUGUCCUCCCAUCUUCACAAGAUGAAAAGGCUUGUCCUCCCACGACCAACAUUUCACGCCAGGCACCACAGAGAAACAAAAGCUACAUUUCUUGGCCUUCUGCAGGUGGGGCUGAUCUGGGAGCAGCCAUGCCCUUGCGGAGCAUGUCCGAUCCGGACCAGGAGUUUGACAAAGAGCCUGAUUCGGAUUCCACCAAACACUCUACACCUUCCAACAGCUCCAACCCAAGCGGGCCCCCGAGUCCCAACUCUCCACAUAGGAAUCAGCUGACGUUAGACGGAUUGGACCAAUCGACCUGCGAUGCAUAACACUACAGCUGUGCCGCCCCCUCCUUCUCCCCCCCCCCCUUUCCCACUUGGGACCAUCCGCUACUCCACGGAGUAUUUGAGAACACAACUGUCUCCAACAGCAGUGCCAAGACUGAUAACUGGAUUUCUUAAUGUUGCACCAAAAAAAAGGGGGGGGCAAAUUCUGUGUCCAGAUGGUGGGGGUGGGAGGGGAAGAGAAUACUGAGGAGGAGAAAAUUCUUUAUUACUGGGAUUGGGGGGGGGGUGUUUUUUAAAAUCAAAACUUUAUUCUUAAACUUACGGUUGAUACUGUUUCUGCACAGCCGUGACACACUAAAGGCUACCCAGGAACGUGUCUUCAUUCUGAAGCUGAAAAAAGAGCGAGAGAGAGGAAUUGCUGGUAGUUCUUACUACUAAGCCUUGUCAGGAAUAUUAUUUUUCUAUAGGAUGAUGUAAUGUCUUGUUAGCAGGAAAUCCUUUUAGGAAGAAAAGAAACGGACUCUCCUGGACGGGGGGGGGGGGGGAGUUAAAAAAGCAGGGCUUAGUUUACAUUGUUGGCGAAAUAUAGUCUUCCCUUUUUCCUGUCUCCCCCCCACCCCCCCACACACACCCUCCGAAGCUUAGGAAAAGGGUAGGAAGCUGUAGAGGCAUUCCCAGCAUUAUUAGGAUAUGCUGGGAAGCCGAAUGAAAACAAGAGGUUUUAGUUCGUGGCCUUUCCACUUUAUUUAGCCAUUACAUGACAUUCUCAGCUUUGUAAAUGUCUUUCCCCUCCUCGCUUGGAGUCGUUGUACAUAAAUUCUCUUAACAGUAACAUUUUAUUCUUACCCUGCUUCCUUUCCUUUUUUUAAAAAGACCUCCUCAGCUGUUGUCAGUUCAGGGCAGGGCUUUUAAAACACAAGUAAAACACUGCUGUGAAUGAGGGGGGUUUUUUCCUUUCUUUUUUCUUUCUUUUUUUUUUUACACUGCUGUUUCUGCUACCAUCUUCUCUGACAACCUCGUAAUUCCUUUUUGGGAGUAUUUUUGUUUUGUUUUGUUUUGUUAUAUGUGUGUUAUGUGUUUUUCCCAGUGUAAAAGAUACACUACAUUUUUUAAAAUAAAUAAAUAAAAUAGCUAGCUAGCGUUCUCUUGGGAUCGUUCCCUAUAAAAAGCUGCUUGUAUCGAAGGGAUUGUGUAGUACUUACAGCCAUCCGUCUUAUUUUAUCGGUAACCAAAGUGGAAACGUUUGAAGGAUGUGUAUAUGAGGGUGCCUCUUCUCCCCCCCCACCCACCCCCCUUCCUGACCACGCCCGGUUCAUUGCAUGAAACCCCCUCACCUCCCAUGAUUGCUAAUCAGAAGUAUUGAUCAUGUAAGAAGAGAAACAAUGCACCGUGCACUCCUGUAUAUUUUGCUAUGGCCCCACGUGCAGCAGUGACAUUGCCUAUUUGCGUGUGUAUUUAAUCUCAUGCUUCCCAUGUAUUAUACAUUUAGUCCCCCUCCCCGGCCUCUCCUUCCCUUUCCAAAGACUUUUUUUUGUAACCAUGUUUCAUUUAACAGGCGUGUAAUUAAUUCUGUGGCUGGCAUAUCCAGUUUGUCAUAGUCACAUUAGUGUGCCUUCUGUGCCAAUUUGAUGACAGUCACUUUUUUUUU